AUGGGCAGCCCACUGUCACCGGUGUUAGCGGACAUCGUGAUGGAUAGCAUCAUCAGCAGAGCAAUCAAUGCAGCAAACAUUCCACCGCAGCACAUCCGAAAGUAUGUAGACGACCUAUUUUUGCUGAUCCACAAAGAUCGGGUGCAGGAGGUACUCGAAAUAUUCAACCGACAAAACGAAAGCAUCAAGUUCACAUGCGAGGUUGAAAAGGAAGGGAACCUGUCAUACCUGGAUAUGUUACUGAUCCAAACGGGUGAAGGAAGAAUAAAAACGGACUGGUAUUCAAAGCCGAUAUCGUCCGGCAGAAUACUAAAUUUUUUCUCCUUCCAUCCCAUUGAUCAAAAAAUCGGGGUUGCAACGAACUUUAUCAAUCGAGUUCGUACCCUGAGCACAAUCCGGACAGAAGAGGAGAAGAAUCAACUCAUCCGGAGACAGCUUUCAAGCAAUGACUACCCACUGCAUCUGAUAAACAGAAUGCUGCAUCAAUCAAGACCACCCGAAGCAGCAGACACGCCGAACGUAUACCGAUCUGUGGUGCACAUCCCCGGUCUAACACCAACCAUCAAGAGAAUGCUCAGGCAAAAUGUUCCGUCGGUUGGCAUUGCAUGUAGCAACACCAACACAGUUAAGCAGCUGUAUAAAACAGCAAAAGAUCCCGUUCCGUACAUGCAGAAGUCCAAUGUCGUGUACAAAAUAACAUGCAGAGACUGCUCCGGUUGCUACAUUGGUAUGACCAAGAACCAACUGAGAACGAGAAUGUAUGGCCAUCAAACGUUGAUAAACACGUUGGAUAGGAAGCUCUCAGCUGGACUCUCAUACGAUGAUCCAGAGAUACAGCUGCUAUCUCAAAAGACUGCUUUGAUGGAGCACUGUAUACAACAACAGCACAGAUUUGACGUAGCCAACCCUACAAUCAUCGACUGCUGCUUCAAAACUCAGGCUCUCCCUGUUUUGGAAAUGUGCCACAUUCUCACCACUCCACAAACAGUGAACCGUCGCACUGAUACGGAAGACAUGAGCGCUACCUACAGCUUUCUCAUCGCAUCGGUAGACGAUCUCCGGAGGGAAAACAGACGCACAGAUGGAUCGAGAAACCAAUACAAUGAUGCGAGACACACAACACAAGAUGACACCGUCGGCUAA